AUGGCGCCCUCUAGUGACCAGCUCCGCCCGCCCUCAGCCCGCCGUCAGCCCGCCCUCAGCCCUGCCCUCAGCCCGCCCUCAGCCCGCCCUCAGCCCGCCCUCAGCCCGCCCUCAGCCCGCCCUCAGCCCGCCCUCAGCCCGCCCGCCCUCAGCCCGCCCUCAGCCCGCCCUCAGCCCGCCCUCAGCCCGCCCUCAGCCCGCCCUCAGCCCGCCCUCAGCCCGCCCUCAGCCUGCCCUCAGCCCGCCCUCAGCCCGCCCUCAGCCUGCCCUCAGCCCGCCCUCAGCCCGCCCUCUGACCGCCCUCAGCCCGCCCUCAGCCCGCCCUCUGACCGCCCUCAGCCCGCCCUCAGCCUGCCCUCAGCCCGCCCUCAGCCCGCCCUCAGCCUGCCCUCAGCCCGCCCUCAGCCCGCCCUCAGCCCGCCCUCAGCCCGCCCUCAGCCCGCCCUCAGCCUGCCUCAGCCCGCCCUCAGCCUGCCCUCAGCCCGCCCUCAGCCCGCCCUCAGCCUGCCCUCAGCCCGCCCUCAGCCCGCCCUCGGCCCGCCCUCAGCCCGCCCUCAGCCCACCCUCAGCCCGCCGUCAGCCUGCCCUCAGCCCGCCCUCUGA